GAUAUGAAGACAAGUGUUCCCUCACCUUGCAGUUCAACAGAAGAUGACAUAACAUGGCUGCCCUGCUAAUUACCAUGAUGCUAAGACUAGCAUUGUAAAGUAUCCCCCUCCCCUCUUUUCAGCAUCCAACCCAGACCCAUCUUUUCUUAAGAACAUUUUCCUUGCAACUUCCUGCUUGUCCCUAGAUUUCUCCUUCCUAUAGCUUUCUCUAUUAUCUCCCUUCACUGGCAUCAUGCAGGGCGCUUCUGCCACCUCCUCGCUCCUCCCCCUUUUAUUCCCCUCGCUCCUAUUCUUCUCCUAUUUCUCCAACAUGGUCAAUGGGGACUGCUGGCUCAUUGAAGGGGACAAAGGCUAUGUCUGGCUGGCCAUAUGCAGUCAGAACCAGCCACCCUAUGAGACUAUCCCCCAACACAUCAACAACACAGUCCAUGACUUGAGAUUGAAUGAGAACAAGCUAAAAGCUGUGCUUUUCAGUUCAAUGUAUCGCUUCACCAACUUGACUGACCUCAACCUCACCAAGAAUGAAAUCAACUAUAUUGAAGAUGGAGCCUUUGCAGGACAAGCCAAUCUUCAGGUUCUUCAGCUGGGCUACAACAAGUUGACAAACUUAACUGAAGGUAUGAUGAGAGGGCUUGGCCGCAUGCAGUGCCUCUUCCUGCAGCACAACCUCAUUGAGGUUAUUGCCAGCAAUGCAUUCUGGGAGUGCCCCAGCCUGAGCAGCAUUGACCUGUCAUCUAACAAACUUACUCGCAUUGACCCAUCUACAUUCACAGUUCUCAGUCGGUUAAUGGUGUGUGAACUGGCUGCAAAUCCAUUUCACUGUGGCUGUGAUCUUUACAGCUUUCUAACCUGGUUGGAGUUCUUCAACAAUGUGUCACACACCUAUGAUCGCCUCCAGUGUGAGACACCCCGGGAAAUGUUUGGCUACCCCUUACUGAGUCCUAUUGCUGCUGGCCAUGCUGGUCGGAAUGCCAAAACCAUUUUGUAUCACCACUGUCGGGAUGGUGUGAUGAUUCCUGGAAUGACCUCUCUACCACCAGAUCUGGAUGGUCCUUCUGGAAUUGGGCCAGAGAUGUUUGGUGGUGUUGGUCCAUAUCACCAGCCCACCACCUCUUCCUCAUCUACUGAUGACAAUUUCAGUCCCAGCAUCAAGGUAAUAAAGGUUUCUUUCUCAUCAGCGUCUCUCCUUGUAAGGAUUCCAAGACCUUUCAGCAAAAUGUAUAUUCUGACACAGAACAACCACACAUUUGUGUCAGAUGUCAUGAAUUUGAAGCACAAGAAAGAGAUGAUUACUGUCAACAAGCUCAAGCCUCAUAACAACUACACCUUUUGUGUUGCCUCCAUCCGCAACUCUCAACGUUAUAACCACACCUGCAUCCAGUUUUCCACUUUAGGUCAAAAUCAGGAUGAUAUGUCUGCCACUCCCUCCACCACUACUCACUACAUAAUGACCAUUGUGGGCUGCCUUUUUGGUAUGCUCAUUGUUUUAGGAAUUGUAUACUAUUGUCUUCGUAAGAAGCGAAUGCAUGAUGAGAAGAAAAAGUCUAUCUGUGUCAAGAAGACUAUCCUGGAAAUGCGUUAUGGGCCAGAGGUGGCAGCAGCAGUAGCAAACGAUCCAUCAGCAGUCCACAAACUUCAGGAGCAGUCUAGAGAACAUCACCAGUAUCAGCACCAUCAUGGGGGAAAAAUGUCCACAUCUUCAAGUUCAGGAAUGCUCCACUCAGCUAACACCACCUCCUCAAGACUUUCCUCAAUCCCUCAGGUAGAAAAGAUGGCCACUGCCUUCUCAGAAGCCCUGGCUACAAGUAAAGGAAAUUAUAUGGAUGUGAGAACUGGAGGAGCAGGGAUGGAAAGAAUGGGAGAUGGUGGGCAUGGAGGGAUGAGGGGGGAGAGCUUGAGGGAUGAUGAUGGAACUGAUCUUGGAGAUGACUCAGAUGAUGAUGGACAUGGCUCAGCUUCAGAGAUCUCUACUAUUGCCAUGGAGGUGGACAAGGUUAACCAAAUCAUUAACAACUGCAUUGAUGCACUUAAACUGGAUGCAGCAGCAGUUGCAGCCUCUGGUGCCUCAACUAACCCCACAGCUUCCUCCAACCCCACCUCUCCCCCGCCCACCAGCACAUCCUCUCUUACUCGAGGCCUAAUCCCACUUUCUCCAGGGGUGACAGAGGGAUGUCAGGUCAUUGGUCCCAACAAAAUACCACCUCCUCCCCCACUCCCUGCCUUGAAUACCCCUCUCUCUGAGCGCCCAGGGAUCAGUGGUGGUGGCUUUGUUGUUUCUCCCCCCUACAGGCACCCUCCUCCAGCCACUGCUGCUCGUCCAAUUCAACGGCAAAUGAGUGCAGAUGCAGCUGUAAUUAUGGCAAAUGCUGUCAAAAAACAGAGCAGCACCACAUCUUGUGGCUCUGUGGGUCGAGAAAGGGAACGUGGAGGGGUUAGAGUUUACAGCCUGGAUGUUCCUGAACCAAGGAGCCCAGAUGCCUGCAAUCAACAGCAGCAGCAGUUCCCAGAUCGGGCCAGUCCUGUGGGCUGUGGGGAGCCCCUUGACAGGCUGCCUUUAGUGGGGAGUGGAAGCUGUGGAGGAGGGGGUGGUGGUGGUUGCGACAGUGGUGGUGUUGGUGCCCAACAUCAGGACAGCCAGAAGUCACACCACUACCAUCAACAACAACAAAUACAACAACAGCAACAGCAGCUGGAGGUGCAACAAGACUACCACUGCUCGGAGCACCGCCACUCCGUCCCAGCUCUCUACUAUGAAGGCUCCCACCAGGGCUCCCCAGCCCAGAAAGUUUCUUUCCUUAAACCCCUGACGCGCUCCCGCAGGGAUGCAGCAUCUUAUUCCCAGCUUUCACCUGCCCGCCACAACUCCAGUUACUCUGGAUACUCCUCUAGCCCAGAGUACUCCUCAGAGAGCUCACUGAGGAUCUGGGAGCGCUUUCGUCCAUACCGGAAAGGCCCGCGCGAUGAGGCUUGUUAUGUGACGGCUGGAAAUGCUCUACGAAAAAAGGUGCAGUUUGCUAAAGGGGAGGACCUGCAUGACAUUCUUGAUUACUGGAAAGGUGUGUCUGCUCAGCAGAAGCUGUGACUGAUGAUCAAAACUGAGCAGUGAAGAAAAAAGAAAGUUUGGGUACUUCUUUUUCCUGAUUGGCUUAUAAGCCACAGAAACCGUUUGAAUUUCUAGGGAAGAAAAAUGUAGGACAAAUUAAUGCCUUUGGGUUCACUCUGUUUGUGAUUAUUUGUUUUCUUUUUUGUACUUUUUUUGUUUGUUUGUUUUGUUUUUUUAUUUAUUUUUUUCUUGGCAUGCUUGGUGUAUAGAAUGUUGUGCUAAAGCAAGUACUGUGAAACUGUGCCUGGGAUUGGAGAGCCAUUACCAUGUUUUAUUUUACUCUUCAUGGUAGCACUUUUUUCCACUCCUUAUUUAGUAUUUUUUUUGGCUUUCAUUAAUUAUACUGGGAACAAAUGCCAACGGUGUAAUUUAGUACUCUUUUAAAUGAUCAUGGUUUGUAAUCCUUUUUAUCAGUGCCAUGUUUCACCUCAAGCUUUAAGCUUGUUUGAUCCAAGGUGUUUCCUGUUUUGCAUUGGGUUCUGCAUCCAUUUGCAGCAUCCACACGGACAUGUUUAGGUUUUUAAGUGAAGGGCAUCUAUGACAGAGUGGAAUCAGUGCUAUGUUAUAACUGACAGCAGUGGAUUAAUGAAUAGCUGUCACAUGCAGUACAUGUAUCUCUCCUUUAGUCCCUUCUUAAGGCUGAUCUAUCUGUAAGUCGCUUGUCACAGAGAAAGAAAGAUAAAUAUCAUAUGAACAAUGAUAAAAUAGCCAAAAGGGCAUUUAGGUUAUGGAGCUUGAGGAAAUCGUAAAAUUGAGAUUAAGCUGGAACAUUGAAGUGGUUUCAUUUGGGGUGUUGAACACAUGAACGCAUUUGUACAUUGGUCAGUGAUUACAAAAUGUGGUCUCACAUAUUAACCAAAUCAUCCUAAACAGCAUUUUCCUGCAGCUACUGAUUAGAAUGAAGGUCACGGUUUGAUAAACCACAGAAGGCAACUGAACAAUUCUUCAUGUGCUACUUACCUGAAAAUGUUUGAUAAGGUAAUUCAAUUUUGUAUAACGUAAUGUGAUCUAUGAGCUUGCAUUAUGUCCUCACUAAAAGCUAAAAGAUAUGAUCCAUGUGUGGCACAGACCAAAAAAAAAAUAAAAAUAAUAAUAAAAAAAAAAUAAAAAUAAGCAUGAGCAUGGGGUAUAAAAUGAAAAGCAUUCAAGGGGACCCCAAAUAUUUUUUUCUUCAGCUAGUGUGAAUAUUAACAUAUGAGGAGAUUCAUUAUCUUCAUAUAAUGUGAGUAACGAAGUACAUUCCAAAUCCUUUCUCUAACUUUAAAACGAAUGAGGCACAGUGGGAAAGGACACUUCUAAUUACUGCCAAUGUGUCUGUUCUGUUCUGGAAAUUAAUGCUAUUGUUGUCUAUAACUGAUAACUUAAUUAAUCAGCUUGUGACAGGCAUGUCCGCUUGCACUUUAUGCCUCAUAAUUGUGUUUGUGGCUGUCUGGUACACAGUGGUCAUUGUAAGCGGGUGUUGGCAUGCCUUGUCGGAUUAUACUGUAUAUGCCCAAACUGACUUAAAUUAAUACUUGUCAAUAAUUUGCCCAGUGGCUGGUUGUCUGAGUCUGAACAAUACUAGAUUAUUAAUGGCAUGUACAGAUGUACAGAUGUCAUACAUGUACAUGAUGUUCAUUGUUUUUUUUUUUUUCAGUCUGGACAUCAUCGUGAUCAUGAUGUUCCACAGAUCAACAGUGCUCCUUGCUAACGCAGCCAUUACAUUAGCUAUCUAGACUUUUCUUACCUUUUCUAUUUCAUUGAUCUACUUGUCAUGUUAAUAAAUGAUAAUGUUAUUUCCCAGCAUCAUGGCUGCAGUAAAAUUUUCCCUAAAAAUGUGAAAAUUAAAUUUGUUGCCAUAGCUUCUCAUUUUUGUUCAUGGAUUUAUUUAUUUAUUUUUUUAAUGCCAGAAAGAUUUUCAACUCUCUUCCUUUUCACACUUCCCACAACCUCCCUGGCCCCCACAGGUCUAAAGGGAUGAAGGUAUGGCAUUAGCAGAGUGCUGUGCAUAACGUGCACUGCUGCAUUUAAUGUGGAGAAUUUGAAAUUAUCUAUCUUGCAAGAAGGGCCUGAGUCUGUAUAACACGUAUCAACACUUCUUUUUUGGAUUAAUGUUUUAGCAUGUUAUUGUGAAUAAAUUCAAGAUGAACAGGAAAUAUGCAAAAGUAUGUUCAUAUAUCUCGAUACCGCUCUAUGUGUUUUUUCCUAUCGGUUUUAUUUUCGUCAAACAUGUAUUCCCUUUCUCUUUUUUACCCUAUUUUUAUUUAGAUGUGUGGCUACAGUCAGGGUCAGAGGUCCUUUCCCUUGCAUCCAAUGUUCAGAUUUGAGAGUUGUGUCCACAAAAAACAUCUGACUCAACAAGUUGAAGGAAAUGAUUACUUCAUACUCUGUAGGUUUGCUUUACAAGUAUUACAUCCCAGAGAAAGAACUUGGUACUCCCUACACUGUCAACUGCCAUAAAAAGUUUAGCUAAAAGGACACCAAGGCAGAAUUUCAGGAAUAGCCGAGUGAUCAUCCUGUCAGCAGCCAUUCAUGUUCAUCUACCUGAUAAAAUAUAAUGCAACGUAAAAUGCUCUUUAUUACUAUUUUCAUAGAUGACCUUUGAUUUAAGACAUUUUCUCUUUUAAUUAAACUAUUUAACACAUCAAUGUGUUUUUUUCAGGAAAACGAUUUUCAGGUGAUAAAUGCUCAACUGCUCUUCUGCUCAGAAUUUAUUACAUGUGACCCAACUUAUGACGGUUAUGGUGAUGGCAUGGGUGGAUUUAUAAUUCCAAGGAUAUUUUCACUAAAGAAUAAACAUCUGCUAAACAUCUGUUACUUAUCACUGUUUACCUUAAAACCAAAAUGACAACAGUAGUCAUGGAAAUGGAAACCAGCUCCUUGUGUGCAUAUUCCAGAUAACAUCUAUGUUGAAACAACACACACACUCACAGAUAAAGACAUAAGAGAAACAAAGGACAGUCUUGGAUAAUGCUGCUGUCCUUGUAAAACUCUAGUUGGCAUUUUAAACUAAAUUGUUGUGUCAAUUAGCCCUUAUGUUUAAGGGGUACUUUCUCUUAAUUAAAGAUGCAACUUAUACGGGUAUUUGAAACUAUUCAUAUAUGAGCUACUAGAAUUUCAAAACUUGAGCAAUGAGAUUGAAUAAAUAAAAAAAUAUAUCAACAACAGAGAAACAAACAAAGGCAAAGUCCAACUCAGCCCACAUUCUUAUUGAACCCCUGGAGGGUGGUUGUUUGGAGAUGGAUGGUCCCUUUUGUAUCUCCAUCCUUCUUGUUUGUCUCAGAGCCACAGGAAAGCAAGACACAGGAAAGCCAUUUACUGUGUUAUUAAAGUUUAAUCCUUUUGUCAGUGGUUGGCUAUGUUGGUACACCACUAAACUCACAAGUCAUUUUUCAGAUUCUCUCUUGUUGCUACAUCUAUUAAUGCUCUGUUAUGGCAAAAAUCUGCCCCAAAUUAAAACAGAUGCUGAUCUCUCAAAGUAUCCAUAGCUCAUGUUAAAUACUUUAGUCAGACGCUGUGCACAUGCCCUUGAUGAGCAAUCAUAAUCAGUUAAUUGUAAUCAGAGGACGUGUCCACACCCAUGUAAAUGUGACUUAUCAGAGGGACUUUUAUUUAGCAUUCAGCCUUCUUUUUCUUCUGUUCUCCUCCCACAAGAACAAGAACACAUCCAACAAGAGUACAUGGCAAAAAUGGAACAUGCAAAUCAGUCAGAAUGAAUCACACAUCAACUAAACUGAAAUGGCUCUUUUUUCCUGUGAGGCAGGUAAUGGGCAAGGUCCUCAGAGAAAAGGCAUGAUUUUGGUUGAAUGCAGGCAGACAGCUGUUACAAAUUAUGUGGAAGCAUGGCAGCACUACAACUCAUCAUGGUAGUGCUUCAGAUGAACACACACGCACUCGCACACACACACAUGUGUGUGUGUGUGUGUGUGUAUACAUGUGUGCAUAAUCACAUAAUAUUACACUGUUAAUUACAAAGUAAAAGAGUGAGAUAUCCUCCCAGCAGCUCUUUAUAAAUUUGUUUGUCCUAAAUGUAAAGGCAGGUGACUGGCAGGUAUCAGCACUCACAAUGAGUUGUUAAAACCUUUUGUCUAAUAUGAGUCUGUUAGCUUACUGUGUGGGAGAUUAGCCUGUGUGAAUAGUGUGCCAAAUUUGAUUAGUGGAAAAUUGUCUUUUCUAAAUAGCCACAGAGGGCUUUUGGCAUCAAAUUAAACGCAUGCCAUUUUUGUGUGUGUGCUGCUCUAAAGUGAAACGGUACUUAUCAAAGUAAUGAAAAAGGAAGUCAGUUGAGACAAAUGAAACAUGUCCUAGUGUGACUUAUUUCUUGGUCGGUCUUCAAACUCCGACUGGUCAAACACUGCCAGUGUUUCCUUUCUGAAUGCCAGAAAUUUGUAGAUGAAAUAUCACCAUAAAAUGCUGUUUACUUUGAAAACAUUCAUCCACAGUUAAAUAUCAUCACCAGAAUUGACUGAACUCUAUGUGUAAACUCCAGUUAAGAAUUUCCGUGCAGGAGAGCAUUUGAACCUCUUGUAAGUGAGCCAGGUUGGACUGAAGUUUGCCACCUGAUUGGACUCAGUUUCCAAAGAUGGGACAAAGGACUGAAUCUGUGAAAUAUAUGUGAAUUUUGUAUACUAGAC